AACUUAGCGUUAAAGACCGUCAAAGACUUCUCCUGAGUCCUUUGCGCCGGAAACCGCCGUGACGAGAUUACAGAGGGAGAGAGAGAUAUCAUGGAGAGAAAAAGCUUUAAUACAGAGAAGAGAUCCGGAGCACUGGAUCCGGGUUCAGGAUUCGGAUCUUCGAAGAGGGUCAAAACACAUCACACGCAGCUGCUUCCGCCUCUGGUUGUGCCGGUGGGACACGCGGCAUUUAGAUUGCUCUGCCCUUUAUCGCACGUCGGUGCGGUGAUUGGAAAAUCUGGAAACGUUAUCAAACAGCUCCAACAAUCAACCGGAGCUAAGAUACGGGUAGAGGAGCCUCCGUUUGGGUCUCCGGAUCGGGUCAUCACGAUAAUUGCGCAAGCAGAUUCGAAAUCAAGGGUGAAAUUGGGUGUUAAUAACAAUGGGAAUGCAGAAGGAGAGAAGAAGGAGGAGGAAGUUGAGGUAUCUAAAGCACAAGGAGCGUUGAUUAAGGUAUUCGAGCUUUUAGCGGCGGAAGCGGAUAGUGAUACGGUCGUGUGCCGAUUGUUGACGGAGUCUAGCCAUGCCGGUGCUGUGAUAGGCAAAGGUGGUCAAAUGGUGGGGAGCAUUAGGAAAGAAACUGGCUGCAAAAUUUCUAUACGGACUGAGAAUUUGCCGAUUUGCGCUGACACUGAUGACGAGAUGGUGGAGAUUGAAGGAAAUGCUAUCGCUGUGAAGAAAGCUCUUGUGUCUAUCUCCCGCUGCUUGCAAAAUUGUCAAUCGAUUGACAUGGUAAGGAUGGUCGGAAACAGACCUCUAGAAAAAGAGUUCCAAGCAUCUUUGCAUAGGCCGAUAGAGACAAUCAUUCAGGAGUCUCUUCCUAGGUCCAUUGAAGUUAACCCUUACGAUUAUAGGCUGAGGAAAGACGAGAUAUUUCCCCGAGGUACCUUAGCUCGGUCUAGCGAUGUGAUUCCUCAUGAUACUUUGCAUCAUAGGCAUAUCGAGGCGGUUCCCCAGGGUGCUUUACGCAUGCAUAUUGAGGCAGACCGGCAAGAUGCUUUACGCAGGCAUGUUGAGGCGGACCGACAAGAUGCUUUACGCAGGCAUAUUGAGGCAGACCGGCAAGAUGUUUUACGCAGGCAUAUUGAUGUGGUUCCUCGAGAAACGUUAUACAUGCCUUCCGAUGUUGUCAGGGGAGAUUGUUUUCGACAGCAUAAAGAGAGGGAUGAUUCUCUUGAUUCCUUGCAUAGACCUUUCGAGAUGGUUCCACGUGAUGCUAUGGGCAUGCCUUUUGAGUCGUUUCCACGUGAUGCUUACGGAAGGCCUAUUGAAACAAUCCCACAAGAAACUCUUCGUCGGCAAAGUGCAGAUUAUCUUGCACAUCGUUAUUCGACUCUAGACACACAUAGCAUUACUACGUCUGCUUCAAUAGCUAACACUGCCUCCAUGAAGCCGCCUCCAUCAGAAGUGGAAGUAGGGAACCAAGAUGUGGUUUUUAAGAUACUUUGUUCCACUGAGAAUGCUGGCGGAGUUAUCGGGAGUGGGGGUAAAGUUGUCAGGAUGCUUCAUAGCGAAACAGGUGCCUUCAUAAAUGUGGGAAAUACACUUGCUGAUUGUGAAGAACGUCUGAUUGCAGUAACUGCACCAGAGAACCCUGAAUGUCAAAGCUCGCCAGCCCAGAAAGCUAUUAUGCUUCUUUUUUCUAGAUUAUUUGAGCUUUCCACUAAAAAAAUCCUAGAUAAUGGCCCAAGGACAUCUAUCACUGCACGGCUUGUUGUCCCAACAAGUCAGAUUGGUUGUGUGCUGGGGAAAGGAGGUGUUAUUGUUUCAGAAAUGCGGAAAACCACUGGGGCCACAAUUCAAAUUUUGAAGGUUGAGCAGAACCCAAAAUGUGUUUCAGAGAAUGAUCAAGUUAUCCAGAUUACAGGAGAGUUCCCUAAUGUGAGAGAAGCCAUUUUCCAUAUUACAAGCAGGCUGCGAGGCAGUGUUUUCUCCAACUCAAUGAAAAAUUCCAAAACCAAGAGCAGCUCCGCGUUAGCUACAGAGAGAAUCUACCACAGACAAUCAGAUAAUCCUCUGUCUAUUGGGUCUCAUCAAUCCGUUAGUAAUCCACCUACCAACUCUUCAAGUCUGCACAGAAGAUCUGAGGAUUCCUUUUUAAGUGGGUCUCAUUCAUCAGUUAACUAUUCCAGACCUGUUGGCACAGAUCCUUACGUAAGACCAGAAGACCCGUUUCCUGAUAGGUUUAAUCCCUCAGCAGGCUAUUCUCCUAAUUUUGGUCGGCGGUUUACCAUGGACCACAGUGAUAUCUCCCAUCACUUAACUGAGGUCCCAUCUCGUUUGUGGGCGUCCCCGCCUCCAGCAGCUCCAAGAGGCUUAUCUGAUGCCAGUGGCGGAUUAUCUUCUGCUAGGGCUGGCCAUGCGCUUGGCAGUGGACACAAAUCUGCCAUCGUUACAAACACAACCGUGGAAAUUAGAGUUCCAGAAAAUGCUAUGAGCUUUGUGUAUGGAGAGCAGGGCUACAAUCUAGAGCAACUGAGACAGAUAUCGGGUGCGAGGGUCAUAGUCCAUGAACCUCCUCUAGGAACAAGUGACAGGAUCAUUGUCAUAUCUGGAACACCUGAUCAAACCCAGGCAGCUCAAAACCUCCUUCAUGCCUUCAUCCUUACAGGUGAAACCUCAUUGUCCAAAAAAUACAACCUAAACUAGAACCACACGGUUGUAACCAUACAAGAAACAAAAAAUAGUCGA